AUGACAAAAAUCAGUGAGUCUAAUGUAACUGUUCCUCCUGUGAAAAAUUCUUCUAUUACCAGUGUGCACCAGGGAUGUACAUGGAGUUUAAGUGAUUUCCCACCAUUAGAAUCUGCACAUUUCAACUUCCCUUUUCACAAUAAUGUGUCGUGCUAUAGUGAGGCUCAGGCUGGUUACAAGCCUAGGCACUAUUCAGUGGCUGAAGAAAUGGAGAGUGGCUCCUUUGUGGCCAAUUUAUUAAAAGAUCUGGGACUGGAGGUAGACGAACUAGCUUUGAGGGGUGCCAGGCUGGUUUCUAAAGAAAAAAGAUUGCGUUUGCAGUUGGAUAGGCAGACUGGAGAUUUAUUAUUAAAUGAGAAACGGCACUGGGAGGAGUUGUGCGAUCCUACUGAGCCCUAUGUACUACCUUUCCAGGUGUUAUUGGAAAGUCCCUUGCACUUUUUCCAGGCUGAGCUCUGGAUUAGGAACAUAAGUGAUCAUUCCCCUGUUUUCUUGGAUAUAAUUUUGAAAAUUUCGGAAAUUAUUGCUCCUGGAACUACUUUCCUAAUAGAACGUGCGCAAGACUUAGAUGUAGGAAGCAAUAGCCUCCAAAAUUACACAAUCACUCCCAAUUACUAAUUUCAUCUUAAAUUACAAGACAGUCCCAAUGGCAUAUUGCCACAGUUAGUGCUGGACAAAGCGUUGGAACGCGAGGAACAGCCUGAAAUCAGGUUAACUCUCUCUGCGUUGGACCGUGAAACUCCCCGGUCUGGCACUGUCCUGAUCCGCAUUGAAGCUGCGGACAUCAAUGACAACGCUCCUGAGUUUGCAAAACUGCUCUACGAGGUGCAGGUCCCAGAGAACAGUCCCAUUGGAUCCCAGGUUGCCACUGUCUCUGCUAGGGAUUUAGACGUUGGAAUUAAUGAAGAAACAUCUUAUGUACUUUCUCAAGCUUCUGAAGACAUUCGAAAAACGUUUCAAAUAAAUGCAAAAUCGGGAGAACUCCUUUUAGCUCAGAAACUGGAUUUUGAAUCCAUUCAGACUUGCACAGUAACUAUUCAGGCGGCAGAUCGUUGGGGCCUUUCUGGAAGUUGUGUAGUAUUUGUCCAAGUGAUGGAUUUGAAUGACAACCCUCCAGAAGUGACAAUGUCAACACUUAUCAAUGAGAUUCCAGAAAACUUGCUGGAAACCAUAAUUGCUGUAUUCAGUGUUUCAGAUCCUGAUUCAGGAGACAACGGAAGGAUGGUUUGCUCCAUCCAAGAUGAGCUUCCUUUUGUCCUGAAGCCCUCAGUUGAGAACUGUCAUACUCUUGUGAAAAACACACCCCUGGACCGGAAGACCAGGUCCGAGUAUAACAUCACCAUAACCGUCACUGACUUGGGUACACCCAGGCUGAAAACUGAGCACAGCAUAAGCGUGCAGGUGUCCGACGUGAACGACAACGCCCCGGCCUUCACGCACACCUCCUACACCCUGCGGGUCCGCGAGAACAACGGCCCCGGCCUGCACAUAGGCAGCGUGAGCGCCACAGACAGGGACGCGGGCACCAACGCCCAGCUCACCUACUCGCUGCUGCCGCCCCCAGAGCCGCACCUGGCCCUCGCCUCGCUCGUGGCCAUCGACGCGGACAGCGGGCAGCUGUUCGCCCUGAGGCCGCUGGACUACGAGGCCCUGCAGGCCUUGGAGUUCCGCGUGGGCGCCGCCGACCGCGGCUCGCCCGCGCUCAGCAGCCAGGCGCUCGUGCGCCUGCUGGUGCUGGACGCCAAUGACAACUCGCCCUUCGUGCUGUACCCGAUGCAGAACGCCUCUGCGCCCUGCACCGAGCUGCUGCCCAGGGCGGCCGAGCCGGGGUACCUGCUCACCAAGGUGGUGGCGGUGGACGGCGACUCGGGCCAGAACGCAUGGCUGUCCUACCAGCUGCUCAAGGCCACGGAGCCCGGGCUCUUCAGCGUGUGGCCGCACAAUGGCGAGGUGCGCACCGCCAGGCUGCUGAGCGAGCGCGACGCGCCCAAGCACAGGCUGCUGGUGCUGGUCAGGGACAAUGGCGAGCCGCCGCUGUCUGCCAGCGUCACGCUGCACGUGCUGCUGGUGGAUGGCUUCUCCCAGCCCUACCUGCCGCUGCCGGAAGCGGCGGCCGAGCAGGGGCGGGGCGACGCGCUCACCUUGCACCUGGUGGUGGCCUUGGCGUCGGUGUCGUCGCUCUUCCUCUUGUGUGUGCUGGUGUUCGUGGCGGUGCGGCUGUGCAGGAGGAGCAGGGCGGCCUCUGUGUCUGGCUGUGCGGUGCCCCAGGGCCACUUUCCGGGCCACCUGGUGGAUGUCAGCGGUGCGGGGACCCUGUCCCACAGCUACCAGUAUGAGGUGUGUCUGACAGAAGGCUCUGGGACCAGGGAGUACAACUUCCUGAGAUCGAUUAUCCCCAAUCGUGUGAUUCAAGGUACUUAG